AUGCUGGAAACCUAUGGACGGCCGCCACUCCCGCCCACAACCACAACAGUCCCGCCAUUUACUCUCUCUGCCGCUGAUAUGUCUAAAUACGGGAUUAACGACAAGAACUGUGGCCUCAAAUUCACACACGAAACCAUUGACAUAUUGUAUGACACAAAAUGUUUUCACAACAGCUAUAGUCCACUGCCAGUGAUGGAUGUGUACGGCUCGCACUUAUGGCGUAAACAGCAUCGGAUGACCAGUCGUUUAAUGGGUGGUAAGGGAAUAGCUCGGCGCGGGGAGGCACCAUGGGCGGUUAGCAUUGCCAACACCGGCAGGAAUCGCAAACCCGUUGAAUACUUUGACAUUGAGUGCAGCGGUGUAUUGAUUGCCAAACGAUGGGUUUUAACGGCCGCCGAAUGUCUCAUACCUCAGGGGAAGUGGUAUUCGCAGCGAUUGGUUAAGUUUGGUAAUUAUAAAGUGAAAGGAGUGGACGAAGUGAAGUGUGAAGUCAACCACAAUUAUUACGGCGUUCGCCGCUCAGACGGCGUGGCUCUGUGUCUACUCGAGCGGGACGUCAAGUUCGAGAUGGAGGGUCGACACAUGUUGGUCAACACCGUAUGCCUGCCUGAGUCGGGUCAGGCGCCGGCACAGACCGAGUUGACCACAAUGUACGGCUUUGGAGUGCGGGACUGGGCUAAUAUUUCACAAGAUUGGAUGCAUCGUGGUGAAGUAUAUUUACAGCCGCACAGCCACUGCACCGGCACCGAUCCCGAAAUGGUUUGCUCCAAAAACAACGUGACCACACCCUGUCAUGGCGAUUACGGCGCCGGUGUUGUCAAGUAUACUGACAAAUAUAAGACCCGGGCUAAACUGGCCGCCACACUCUUUCUCGCGUAUUAUCGCAAGUGUUGGACAUUAAGUGAUGUAUCGAUUGUACAAUUGGGCGAAGAGUUUGGGUCCAAAGAACUGGAAGAAUGA